AUGGCUUCCCUCACCACCGCCGCUGCAACGGCCGUCCGCCCGGUGACCGUCAAGGGCCUCGGCGGGAGCUCGCUCAAUGGCACCAAGCUCGCCGUCAAGCCCGCUCGCCGGAGCCUCCCCCGAACAAAUCUCAGGUAGACGACGAUCGCCGCCGCUCCGCUCCGCUCCGACGCCGCUGGAGUCCGCCAUUGAUCUCGCUUCUGGCUUUGGCUUCUCCUUUUUCCUCCAGAUCCGGCGCGGUGGUGGCCAAAUACGGUGAGAAGAGCGUCUACUUCGAUCUCGAGGACAUCCCCAACACCACCGGCCAGUGGGAUCUCUACGGCUCCGAUGCGCCGUCCCCUUACAAUUCUCUCCAGGUUCGUGAUUGCUUCUUCUCCUCCGUGUUUACCGGCGACGGAGCGGGCACUGACAGCGGCGCCGCCCCCGCCGGCGACUAUCUUAUCUGUGCAGAGCAAGUUCUUCGAGACCUUCGCGGCGCCAUUCACAAAGAGGGGGCUGCUGCUCAAGUUCUUGAUCCUCGGCGGCGGGUUCACCCUCGCCUACUUCAGCUCCACGGUCUCCGGCGACGUGCUCCCCAUCAAGAAGGGCCCUCAGCUGCCCCCCAAGCUCGGCCCCCGCGACAAGAUCUAA